UUGCUACAUCACCGUCUUUAUACUUACUGACUUUAAAACAACAAACAUAAGAAAAGCAAAAAGAACAACUGGAUAUAAGAAUAAGGAAAUUUACAUCAUCUACUGAUUGUGGAAAAGUGUUUUAUAUAUUUUUCUUUCUUCCAGGAGCCUGAUAUGAAACGGGCUUUCAGGAUAAUGAGCGUUUUUGGUCUGAGAGCCUUUUGAAGUGAGCUGGAUAAAACACGCGCGCGCGCACACACACACACACACACACACACACACACACCGGAUUUAAGACAAAGUCGCUGCCGGAUUGAAGAAAUCAGAAAGUGAAUGUCUGUGGCGCCUGGAAGUCAAGAUCUAUUCUCUAACGUCGCAGUGCUGCAGGAAUUCCUGCUUUACUGGACUGGAAAUUGGAUUUGGAAUGACCCAAGCAGGCCAGUUAAUGGCACACAUUCUCUGGUUACCCUUCGUAGUUUAACAAACCUUUUCCUUCUGUCUUUAUUUGUCUGGAUGACAUCAUGGUCUUUUGUAGGCCAAAUGUAACAUCAGAGGAUGUCAGUGCUGUUGUUUUGAAGUCUGAGGGGCGUCUGUAUCAAAUGGAGGCAAUCAGCAUUUUGCUUAUUUGACCCCCACCCAUCUAUUAAUAAUCUCAGAACUAAAAAAACAUUAGACCCACCAUGCAGGGAAGGCCCAGGCAGGCCCAGCAGCAGCAGCUACGAUGCCUAUUACCCAGGAAAAUGCACUGAGUCACCUAUUUCUGCUGGAGAGCUGGUUGAAGGUGAACCAGGGGGAGCAGGAUCGGGAGGAUGAGUUUGGAAAGAAGGCAAGUGGUGCAACACCAUGUCGAGCUGCAGUCCGCAAGCUGGUCGAGUAUAUCCAGCUGAACUUUACAGAUUGCGAGAGCCAUUCAUGCAAUGGCAGCACUCUUAAGGAUGAUGCAGAUGCUGAGGUGAAGGCAGUCUGCUUAAGCAAAGCUGAAGUAGAUGGGCCUGAGUUUGGGCUCAGCUUUGGGAACAUCCCCAUUUUUGGGGAUCCCGAAGGGAAGAAGAAGGUGCGGCGCAGGCGCCGCAAGAGCGACAAAGGACCCGUUUUGGAUGUAGGAUGCAUCUGGGUGACUGAGGUGAAGAAGAAAAGCCCUGCAGCACGAUGUGGUGACAUUAGGUUGCGGGAUGAGCUGUUGUCCCUUAACGGCCAGCUGAUGGUCGGAGUGGACGUCACCGGAGCCAGCUACUUGGCAGAUCAGUGCUGGAAUGGCGGCCACAUCUACCUGAUCAUGUUGCGGAGGAUUAAGCGCAAGGCCCCCGUCCCUUCAUGCAAUGGCAGCAGUGGCUGCUCAGAAAUUCCCAUCGAGCACUGCAGAAGCGUGCGUUCUGAACCUGCGGUCAGCAGUCCCACGCAGAACGGCAAGCGAACCCGCAAGUUCGGCGUCAUCUCUCGCUCCUCGUUUACCCGAGACAGCAAGGACAGCAAUGACACUCGGGAUCACAAGCAUGAGAACGGCUACUCUUCGAUGGAGACGGAGGCCACGCCUCCAGAGGCCAGCACUCCACUGGGCACACCAACCGAGGAGUAUCCGGUCAUAGGUCACUCUGUAGCGAUAACUGAUACCAUCAGCACCACUACUCUGCCCAGCCGCUCUAACUCCUGCUUAUCGGAGGUCUUUAAGUCUCAGACAGGAAGGAACGAGCCAUCCAGCCAGCCUAAGGAGGGCAGUCAUAUCUGGAAGAUGCACAUGGUGAAGGGGCAGGACGGCUUGGGUGUCCAGAUUACUGGUGGCCGUGGCUCCAAACGAUCACCGCACGGCAUCAUCGUGGCUCACGUGGAGAAAGGUGGAGCUGUAGAAAGGGAUGGACGGCUGAAGGCAGGUGAUGAGCUGCUGAUGAUUAAUGGUCAGUCUUUGGUUGGCCUCUCACAUCAGGAGGCCGUGGCCAUCCUUCGUUCAUCUGCAGGUCUUGUGCAGCUGGUAGUUGCUUCCAAGGAUGAGUCUGAAGUAGACUUCCAGAAAUAUCCAUCGAGCAGUCUGCCUGAUCUUGUGAGCACAUGCUCAGCUCAGGACGUGCCGCCUUCCCCUGGGGACGGAAAGGAGAACAUGGGGCCGGAUGUGGAGGACGUGAGGGCCAGCAGCCUCUCACUGCCCACCCAGGACUCGUUCACAGAGCUGGAUAAGCUGGAGGAGCAUGGCCGAAACGAUGGACCCAAAGGAUGCCGCAGUCCAACACCUAUGAAAUUUCGCAGUAGAUCCCAAGGUGGUGGUAGUCGCCUAGAGUCUGUCGGAGAGGAUGAUGAGUUGAUAGUUGAAAAUGGAGAAGGAGGAAGUGACAUGGCUGAGAAGCCGGUGCGCGGUGGGCGGAAACAUUCCCUUCCACAGCAGCUGGACACUGUGGGAAUUCGACAGGAAUAUCAAAUUGUGAAGAAAUCGGCACGGUCUCUGAGUACCGUUCAAGUGGAGUCUCCAUGGCGACUGGCGCAGCCGUCUAUUAUCUCCAACAUUGUCCUGAUGAAAGGACAAGGCAAGGGUCUGGGUUUCAGCAUCGUCGGAGGCCAAGAUUCUGCACGUGGACGAAUGGGGAUAUUUGUCAAGACUAUUUUCCCCAGUGGUGCUGCAGCAGCAGAUGGUAGACUCAAAGAAGGGGACGAGAUUCUAGAGGUGAAUGGAGACUCCCUUCAAGGCCUCACACAUCAGCAGGCCAUUCAGACUUUCAAGCAACUGAAAAAAGGUGUUGUUACACUAACCGUGCGAACUCGUCUGAGGAGUCCGAGCUUGACCCCAUGCCCAACGCCCACCCUGCUCAGCCGAUCGAGCUCACCCAAUUCCAACACCAGCAGCAGCACUAUUAUACCGCCAGGCUUCGAUGACGGAGAGUACCGGAAAGGACCAGGCCCUAAAGACCGCAUCAUCAUGGAGGUUACACUAAAUAAAGAGGCCGGUGUGGGGCUGGGGAUUGGUGCUUGCUGUUUAACUCUGGAGAACAGCGCUCCUGGGAUCUACAUUCAUAGCCUGGCUCCGGGAUCUGUGGCUAAGAUGGAUGGCAGACUUAGCCGAGGGGACCAGCUGUUGGAGGUAGACUCCGUAAGCCUACGCCAUGCUGCGCUAAGCGAAGCCUAUGCUAUCCUGAGCGAGUGUGGACCUGGCCCAGUAAGCCUCAUCAUCAGCCGCCAUCCAAACCCUAAGAUGUCAGAACAGGAGAUGGAUGAGGUGAUCACUCGCUCGACUCACAGAGAUAGCAUGGGGAGCCAUUCUUUCUACAGUCUGGGACAAUCAUCCAAAAGCCCUUCUCCCAUGAUGAAGGCCAGGCAAGGUGAUGGCAGUCAGGCCCUCAGCUGGACUAUGAAGAGGUUUUUGGAGCCGCCCAGCCGGCAAGCAUCUCUAAGCUCUGAGGCAGAGCUCUCUCAAUACUUCUCUCAUGAUGUCCCCAGCCAAUCUUCACUUUCAGCGAUGGGCUCUAGUGAUGAUGGUAUGCUUCACAAUAGCAGGAGCUGCAGUACCUCACUGGAUGAGUCAACAGCACCUCAUUUACACACUUAUAAAGAGGGCAGCCCUUGUGCUAGAUCUUCCGGUCCCGUUCAUCGAACGGCAGAGCGGCAGGCUAGCGUGACCAGCAGCCCCGGCUCAGUUCGUAGCCCCCUCCUACGUCAACGCUGUGUUAUUUGCUAUGAAGACGAGGCCAGUGAUGAAGAUGAAGAUGUAGGACCUUUCGAUCAACUAAAACAAGGCAACUCUGAUGCUGCUCGCCACCAAGAGGAUGAUUCAGGCAUUGUCGUGGCAUCUUCAUCCCUGGAGGUGGACGUCGAGAGCCAGGACGGCAGUGAGGGCAAUCGACUCGAAUCGGUCGCUCCGUUUUACAGCAGCUCGCUGGAGUCAGUGGAAGGGGGAGGUACGACUGCUGAACUAACUUUUAUGCCAAUUUGCUAUUCUGAGCACAGCACUGGCGUGGGCACAAGGAAAGAGGCUAAACGAUCACCCAAGUUGGAACACAAAGCUGUAACACGUGUUAAAAGCAUGAUGAGCAUCGAAUGCCCCAACCUGCCACAGAAAACUAAGACCGAGGACAUCGCUUCAGCCCCCGUAGGUGCCGUCAGCCAAGUCACACAGAGAGGGAAAACCCAGCACCACUGCAGGAGAGGUGAACCCAGUGAGCUUGCAGGCAUCUGCACCAUUGAGACUGUAGUUCUUAAGCGCAGUGAGUCUGAGUCAUUUGGACUUGACCUGGAGAUCAAGUCAUCUCCUCUGAAGGUGCUGAUUACUGGACUAAGGCCUGGAGGUGCUGCUGAGCGGGAAGCCAGAGGGAGAAUGAAUGUGGGAGAUGAAGUAGUCGCGAUUGGUGACACUCCAGUGUGUACCUCAUCUUAUCAGGAAAUUUGUGAUCUCAUGCACAACCUGCCAGUCACACUGACUUUAGAGAUUCAGAAGCCCGUCUCAGCUGUAGAUCGACUCUCUACCUUGAUGAUGUCUUCUGGCACCGAUCUGUCUACUACGAUGGACACGUCAGGGCCUCCCCUAGUGGAGAAAACUAGUGUGGACAAGACUGUUGCUGAAAAUGAACAAAUCUCCCUUACAAAGCCAAGUUCUACAGAAACAAUCCACACUGAAGAUGUGCCUAUCACUUAUAUUGAUGAUGUCAUAAACGAGUUAAACAUGUUUGAAAACAAUGCGAAGUCAGGAUCACAGACUGUUCCUGACACCACUAAGUCGCCUUUGUGUGCAGAAACGAGCAGCAGCAACCCAGAGACUGUGGAGACUGUGACUACCCUACCAGUACAGCCAAAUCCUUUGGAUUUCUCAGUCUUGGAUUCAGAAAAGAAAGGUUGCCUUUUGCCAGUAGGGAAGACAUUUCUGAACAGUUACUCGAGAAAUUAUAGUCAGCUCUCAAAUGAAAACACAGACCUUUCCGUGAAAGGAUGUGAUGAGAAACCAAGCAUGUACAACAUGUUAGAAGAGAGCGAUUCCGAGAGUGACUCUGUUACAGAUGGUGCUGUGAAAAAUGAAACGCCUCAAGGUGACCGUAAAGAUACUCAGGACACUGACUCUGAUGAGGAGGUCGAGCUGUGUUACAGCGUAGUCAGUCAGCUUCAACCAAAUCAAGAGAAGGACUGCUCUAAUUUCGAACAAGAUAUCUCAGGAAACCAGACAGACAAGGCACUGCUUGCAGAUGAAGUACCUCAACAAGCAUCUUCACAAUUACAAGACUCAAAGACAACAGACUUUUCUAUUUCCAACACAGCAUCACAGGGUUUGCUCAUUCCACAGUCUUCAAGUUCAGAGUCUAACUUGAGUGGGUCCUCGAAACACGUUUCUCAAAAAAAGCAGACAGUGAGUGUGGCUCAGGGAGAUUUGUCAAACCCAGAGCCAUCAGACUGCGGAGCUGAUGACAAAAUUGAAACGGCUUUGGCACCUGUCACAACCAGCGUGACACGUUCAAGUGUCACUAGUCCCCCUGGAGCUCCGAAUAACAGACAUAUUACCCCACGGAGUCAAGAAAGGACAUCUAAAAUGUACUUAAAUGAAGUGUGCGCCUCAGAUACACCCGAUACUGUGCUCAUGUCAAUUGUGACAGAUCAAAAAGCUUCAUGUUUUUCCAAUGGGAAAACGCCCAAUACGCUGAAUACAAAGGACACAGAAAACGAAAAAACACAUGAUUCUAAAUUUCUUUUGGCCACCAAUUGUACACCAUUGGAACUAAAGACCCCAAAUAAUAACCCUGUCUCACCCAGCUUAAAUUGCAGACUCAAACUCGAAGAGAAAUCUAGCUGUUCUACCAAACUUAAAGGUUUAAAUAUUAAGAGUAAAUGCAAAGCGUUAGAACUAACAGGAAGCAGAAGUAUCAGAGCUGAAAGCCAUUUGUUAAAAAAGACCAAUUCCUCCCCAAUUCACUCUCCUAAAUUGCCAGCCAAAAGAAUCACCCCAACAAGUAGUCCAAAAUCCAUUAGGUCACUAGAGAAGGGCGGUUGUGCUCUAGUUAAAACAGGUGACCAAAUCAAAGAGAGAAAUACUUCAGAUCUGCCCAACAACAUCAAAGCAAAUGACACUGUCAAGUCAGAACGUAGGUUUGCAACAGAAUGCAAAAGUUCUCAUUCAAAGCAAAUCGAGGCGGCGUCUAAAUGCGAGAGCACGGCUACACAAAGAACUUUCACUAAAGUGCGACUCUCGUCUUCUUUAUCCCCAUCUUCAGCAAAUCCCAAUUUAUCACAAGUUCAAGGAAGCCAUCUAAUUCAAAAUGAGAACUCAUUGCAUAAAGAGACAGCACCCAAACCUUCUUUGGAAACGUAUAUAUCAUUUGACUCCACGAUAUCUAUACCAGAGCAAAACGAUUCAGUUAAAAGCAUAACUAAACCUGAUGACAAAGUGUCCACCACAGAGACCACUAGUCUUAAAUCAUGCAAAUCUAAACUUUACCUUAAAGCACUGGAUCGGAGGAGCUACUCCACAGAUAGUGAUGUUCAUAAACGCCAUUCCUUUUCUGUUCAGCAAAGAAUCAAGUCUUUCGAGAACUUGGCCAGUUUUGAUCGUCCAGUGAUAAAAGGUAUCGACAUCCCUACCUAUGCUAUUUACUCGAAAGCCACUGUCAACAAGCGGUUGUCUGGUCCAGUCCAGUUCAACGAUAACCGCUCCUUAAAAAGGAGUCUUAGCUCCUGUGUAGAAAUUUUAAACGUGGGCCACUCUUUUACACUACAGUCACAAAAGAUUUCCUCGAGUGCAGUUACGAACAACUCUGAAUCAUCGCCUCCAGCUGGAAACAUUGGGCCGCUUGCAGAGGAAAAUCCAACACCUGAGGUUCCUGUACACCAGCCUAGUGCAGUACCACAUACUCCACCAGUGCUGCGCUCUCGUAACACCCGUUCUAAUAGUGGCAUAUUACGCUCAAAACUGAGGGAACUAAGAGCACUUAGCAUGCCUGAGCUCGAUAAGUUAUACACUCAGGACUUCUCACAGGACUCUGGCAAUGUCAUGUUCAAGACAGAGCUGGAAAUUCAGCCGACAAGACCCACAAAAUCCCCAUCAGACAGCGUUCAGUGCACCGUAGUGACCAGGAUGAGCAUGAUGGAGCCUGGCACAGUUGGCAAUGGGGAGCAUGUGCAGGAGCAAACUGUGAGACAGUCAAGUUGGUAUGUUAGUCUGAAAGAUUUAUCAUCUUCACCACUGGAGCAACAGAAGGUGCAGAAUGUCCUAAAUUCCCUUCCGGGAGUAUUGGAUGUGAUGACUCUGGUGAAGGAGGUUAAAAAUGUUACAGAGGAUAAAGAGAGCGUUUACUUUGUGAUCUUGGCGAAGGAUGAGGGUUCUGGACUGGGUUUCAGCAUCGCUGGAGGGGUGGACCUGGAGCAGAAAUCUAUCACUGUUCAUCGCGUCUUCACUCAAGGCGCUGCCGGUUUGGAAGGUACCAUUCGUCGUGGCGACAUUGUGCUGUUUAUAAAUGGGAGCAGUCUAAGUGGGAGAAACCAUGGCGAGGCUCUUUCCUGUCUCCAUCAGACCAAACUAGCCAAACAGGCGCUUGUGGUCAUCCAGAGAGGCAAAGACAGUGAACCUGUCACAGUUAGACAGGAACUGCUGUUAAAACACAGACCAUGUUCUUCUACUACCUUUCCAGACAUCAGCAGGGAAAAUGGAGCAGCUGUGGAGGUUGGGCCAGAUGGAGCAUUAUGUGUGGAGCUGCUGAAGACAUCAGCAGGUCUGGGUUUCAGCUUGGAGGGAGGCAAAGCUUCAGCACAUGGCGAUCGCCCACUUUACAUCAAACGCAUUUUCAAAGGUGGUGCUGCUGAACUCUCCCAGGUUAUUGAUGUUGGAGACGAGCUCCUGGCCAUCAACGGCAAAUCUUUGCAGGGCCUAAUGCACUAUGACGCCUGGAAUGUUAUAAAAACUGUGUCUGAGGGCCCGAUCCAGUUAGUCAUUAGAAAACCACGCACUUCUGUAUGACCUCUGAAGACUCAUGUGCUGUAUGAAAAGAUAGUGCCAAACUGACCAUGUUGUACAUAUGAACACUAUUAACUUUUUUUUUGUACGCUUGUUUUCUACCACGACUCUUUGACAGUCAUUUUUUUGUCCAUGGAUUAACGAGGACUCGGCUGUUUCGAGGGUAUUUCGAAGCACGGAGACUUCGCUACGAGUAUUUGUGCAAUCAGUAUAGCUAAAGCAGGUACUUAUUUGUACAGUGUAAUUACGUGAACAUGAAUUUAUCAUUUUGCUCGAGAUGAAUUUAUUAUAAUGAAAAGACAUCCGACCCAAGGAUGCUAACGUUUGACUGCUUAACUGACUUGAAGCUUUCACUUUGAAAUGAUGUGGAAUCUUGUCCAUAUUAUCUCCUUACACUCUUUUCAGUCCGAUACGCAGCUACAUACCGAUUUUACAGUUCCUGUAUAAAUCAUUGUUUUUUUUUCUAUCUGUUGUGCUAAAAAACAUCUGUUAUAUUUUGAAAUAUUUCACACGUCUGAUGAAGCUAUAACAAAUUUUUCAAACAGGAUUUUUCUUUCUUGAAUUGCCCUUUCUGAUCAACUGCAGAACAUUGUGCAGAACUUAAUCACGUUUUUUUUAGCUGUGAAUAUAUUCAGCAGAUCAACUCAUCACAGAUUUAGAGCUGAUAUGUUAAAUCAACACUACAAUGUUGCUGAAAUCACAUUCUGCAUGAAUUAUUUGUGUAAAUAUUGCAGUCAGGAACAACAUUUUAUCUUGAUGAAGCUGGGAUUUAAAUCACAAAUAAGUUUAUACUAGUGCAGAUCAUGCAAGCAUUCAGGAAUAUGGAUAUGUCUGUGAAUUACACUGAGACAGUCCUGAAUGUUUCUGAAUGACGCCCUUUUCAAAAGGAACAUGAGAUAUUUUCUUAGUGUAGAGCUGUUAUUUAUUUCCUUGCAAAUCCGAAUUAAACAUUUUGUCAAUGCUGAUGUUCACAUCAUUUGAAUAUUUUUUUUUUUCCUCUUUAAAAUAAAAGGACCACAGUGGUACUGGUAGCACCUUUAUGCAUAUGCUGUUGCUAUAUUUUAGAGAUUAUGCUGACCUUUUAUUUAUGUACGUUCACCUGAAUGAGGCCUGGCAUUUUGUGCAAAAGAUUUUUGUUACCUAUAUUUGAAUUCUGUUAUAAUAAAAAUAAAAGUCAGCUUAUUAAUUAAA